AAGGGUGAAAAGGCAGGAGUUAUAUAAAAAAGCAAUCUCAAGCAACAGUUGCUGUCUGACUUGCCGCAGCUCCUAGGGCUUGCAGGAUCAUGACCUAUAAAAUGCUUCAAGUGGCCCUGUGUUCAACAUUGCUUAUAGGAGCAUUAGGAGCACCAUUUUUGUUGGAAGACCCAGCAAACCAGUUUCUACAUCUCAAAAGACACAUAUAUUUGCAGGAUUACUGGGACCCAGCUCACAAUCCGAAUCUGUGGGAAAACACAUUGGCUGAUCAGGCUUGUGAAACAUGGACUGCUUUGAAAACGACAGCACAGUAUUAUUUGAAUAUGAAUACCUUUACCUCUGACAUGCCUACUGCCCAGUAAAUGUGCUUUGCUGAUUAUAGUAGGAGAACAAAAAAUAUGCGAGUCAGCAUGGCAAUAUACCAAAACCACGGGCUUUGGAGACCUGAAGGAAAACACAUGUCGUUUACUAAAUUAUUUAUUACGUCUGUCUCAUGAGCUGUUGAAAGGAGUAAAUAUAAAAAUCUAUUUAUAGACCUAGAAUUAGAAAUUCUCCACAAAUAGUAAAUAAAAUGAACUAAAAUAACAAAAGACUAUAGAGCUAACAUUUACCAAAAGGGGGCUUUUAUGGGAAAAGGAAAUCAAAAACAAAAAACAGUGUCAUUAAAACUUUUUGUUCAUAGCUCA